UGCCUCUUAUGGUUAUCAUCCACAAGUCUUGGUGUGGAGCUUGCAAAGCUUUAAAGCCGAAGUUUGCUGAAUCCAAGGAGAUCUCUGAACUUGCCCAUAAUUUUGUUAUGGUCAACCUUGAGGAUGAUGAAGAGCCCAAGGAUGAAGCCUUUAGUCCUGAUGGAGGUUACAUUCCCAGAAUCCUUUUCAUGGACCCCAGUGGAAAAGUACACCCAGAAAUCAUAAAUGAGAAAGGAAACCCCAGCUACAAGUAUUUCUAUACCAAUGCUGAUCAAGUUGUCCAAGGGAUGAAGGAGGCCCAGGAGAAGCUAACAGGUGAUGCUUUCAAACAAAAACACCUGGGAGAUGAACUAUAAUGAAUACACUGCUGCUUUUCCAUCGCUUCAAAACUCUAAAAGGAAAUGAUUAAGCAGACCAAGAAUGUAGAUGCAGUGGAGGGACAUAAUUCUCCUGUCAAUGAUGUUAGGUUAAACCCUGUUUGGACUUCACACACAUACAUCAAUUACAGUGUUCUCUCCUCCUCUGCCUGGCAGUUUGUACUGUAAUGAAUGGUUAUUUGCAAUGAGGUAAUGUGCAAACACAUCAAUUUUUGUGUUCGAGCAACCACUAAUACUUGGUGUUAAAAGGGAGGUGCAUAGGGCAAAACAUUCAUUUGAGGACAGUGUGAUUGGAUAACUAGAAGUAGCCAACAUUUUGACACUUAAUCAGGGUUGGAUCCCUCUUUUCUCACUGGUAUUAUGUGAUCCCAUUGUUUUUACUGGGGGUUCCUAUGAAUGGGGCAUGUUCCUGAGCCAGACAUCCACAAACCGUGAAUUCUGCCACUAAGCCAAGUAGAAUAAAUUUCAUGAAUGUCCAAGUAGCAUGUGAAAUUAUUAGCUCUGCAAACAUAUUCUUGUGUAAAACUGUGCGUGAUUCAUCUUUAUUUGCCUUUGGGGCAGAAAUUUAACUUUUUCAUUGUGCAUUCACCUUUUGAUUGUUUUAUCAAGUGAGGGUGGGUUAUGUCGAAGCUUUACGGGGAUUCCCGUUUUAUUCUUUGAAUGUUUUUUGGCGAAUGCCUUGCCAUCACAUUGUACUGUAUUUUUGUACCAGGGUGAAAAAUUAAACCUUUUUAAACAUAAGCAUGCAGACAGUGUUUUGUGGUAAAGGGUGUAGUUUUCCAUUCUUAAGGAGGAAGGAAUAUAUUUUUGUUUAUGUUGCAGUGGUUAUUAAUGUUGAAUGUCACAGCCGAAGAAGGUUUCUAGCUUUAUAAUUAAAAGACAACAGUUGGUUUUCCA